AUGAAUUUAAAAAAUGAAUUUUUAAAUAACAACUAUAUUAUUAUCAAAAAUUUUUUAAAUGGAAAUCAAAUAGACAAUUUAUUCAAAGAAAUAGAAGAGCAAGUUAAUAUUUUAAUAUCAAAAUUAUACACACAGGGAUUAAUAAAGAAAGACUACAGUAAGGACGAAUCAUUAAGUUUAAAUGAAAAGCUGGUUGGUGCAGAAAGUGAAUUUAUAGGGUCUUCGAUUUUACUACACACCGAAUUUGCCAGUAGAUUAAAGAAAUCAUUUGGUGAAAAUUUAUUUCAAAAUUCAAAACUUUUAGAUAUAAUAGAACAGUUAUUGGGAACUAAAAACAUAUCUGGGCAUCCAGAAUGGAAUUUAAGAUCAAAAACACCCAACAAUAGAUAUUUCAAUGUUCCAUGGCACCAAGAUUCUGCAUACCUCGAAAAAGGAGCAGAGUUUUUUGAUCAAGUAACUGUCUGGAUAGCAUUGGUCGAUAUAACCGAUAACAUUGGUCCAUUACAAAUAAUUAAAAACAGCAAUAAUAAUAAUAGCACCACCAGAGAACUACUAACACAUAAAUUGGAAAGAAUUGUAAAUAAAGAGUACAAAGAUUCAUGGUAUUUGCAAAUUGAACAAGAUGAAAUCAUGGAUAAGCUAGGUUUUAACAGUGAAAAAGAACUAAAUGAUCAAAUAGUAACAUGCUCGCCACUACCCAAAGGCUCAAUCGUAAUAUUUACAAAUAAAACAAUUCAUAGAAGUUUACCAAAUUUAUCAAAAUCAAACGAAAUCCGUUGGACUAUGGAUAUUAGAUUUCAAAAAUCAAGCGAUCCCUCUGGUUUCUCACCCAUAGAUUUAGAAUCACCCGAAAAAUCAAAUGAAGAAAAAAUGAAUCUAAGAUCAUCUUCCAAAGAAAUAAUACCAAUUAACUAUAAUAUAUGGUCACCAACUAACAAUCAAGAAAUAUUAAUGUCACUAAAUAAUAGCAAUCAAACAACGGAUGGCGAAAAGAAUUUAAGUGACUAUUCUAUUGAUGGGCCAUGGUUUAAUCGUUGGAAAUAG